GACGGAAUUAUUCUGCGGAAAUGAAUACGGUUCUCAAUUUCUUCGGACGGCAGCAUGGCAAUGGCUUUUCGGCGCUAAAUGAUACGGCACUGACGCGGUUGUCCGUGGGAGAACAGGACAGCUGGGAUGGAAUUACACCAGCACCGUCACUGCCGAACUUUAAUCCGUUGUGGCCGAUUUCGGCAGCCAAGUUUGCCAAGUGCAAGGGAAAGGAACAUAUUCUGGCCAUUGCCAAUGAUUGCGGCCAGAUAGCGUUGCUGAAUACGAAUUUGCGGACCAAUAAUCGGGGAGGUGAGCGACCGUUGGUGUUGGAGGGGAAACAGUGCCACAGGAGUGGCGUGUUCGAUAUCGAUUGGAUGCCGGGCAGUAUGAACUUGGUGUCAGCUUCCGCGGAUAGAUCGGCGCGUUUAUUCGCGGUGACGGAAUCGAGUUUGGAGCUUAUACGGACUUACAACGAUCACUCGCAAGCGGUGAAGACGGUGGCGUUUAGGCGCACGGAUCCCGCUGUUUUUGCCACCGGUGGGAGGGAUGGUGUAAUUGCAUUGUGGGAUUCCAGGGCGUCCUGCGGAUUGAAUAUGACACCGAAGGCGGAUAAUUUUAUCUAUGGUGGACACACCGGCGGUCUUGGAACACCUGAGUUUGGGAAGCGACAACUUCCACUGGACGUGUACGAUAGGAGCACCAGAUGUAGUAUAACUGGGCUUGUCUUCCAGGAUGAUAACACGUUGAUCUCGUGCGGUGCCGGAGAUGGUAUCGUUAAGGUUUGGGAUGUUCGACGGCACUACUCCAGCCACAAACGGGAUCCCCUGCCGAAGCACAGUUUCCCCUAUGCCGGGACUAGCUUUAAGGGUUUCACAAAUCUCCUGAUUGACCACACCCGGAACUGGCUAUACGUGAACUGUAUGGAUAACUACAUCUAUUGUUAUAACAUUUCUGGCUAUCCAGCGGUGCCGAUUCAGAGGUAUAGCGGACUUAAUAAUAACUCGUACUUCAUCAAAUCGUGCCUGAGUCCGGAUGGGCAGUAUUUGUUGAGCGGUUCCGGUGACAAUAAUAGCUACAUUUGGAAUGUGAACAAUCCUAAUCCGUUGGUGCGGUUGGAGGGUCACGUGGUGGCAGGCGUUGCCUGGAUGCAAAGUCGCAAGGUCACCCGGAUUGUGACAUGCAGCGGUGUGCAGUGUCGAUGCAUACCGAUGAUUCAGAUUUGGAGAGUAGGUCUGGAGGAGACCGACGAGGACAUGAAGGUGCAAUACAAGCGUCACGCUAAGUGUUGCGUUAACUACUGGCACGAAUCGGGUAAGGUUCGAUCGAAAUCAUUGGAGUUCACCCCGCGAUCUAUUGGAAGCCUUAUCACUGACUACAUCAUCAAUAAGCAACUUCCACUCAAAAGAACAUUCUCGGACAUUGACAGAGACAAUCUGGAAGAUCCAUUAGAACUAGCCUUAUCCCAUACUGCCCUUGGGAAAAUCACCAAACCCAACGGCGAACCCAGCUGCAGCAAACAUGCUAGUAGCAAAUAUUCACCAACCGUGAAUCUACCGAACUUUGCCCUGUAUGGGGAAGCUCCCCAUCUGGUCAACGUGACAAACAAUACCAACAAACGCAAGCUCAAGGAGAAUGCAGACUGGCUAACGAGAAUCCGCCAACAGAAGCUCCUCCAACUCCAAGCAGCGAAAACCAUUUCCAUCGAAACGAGCUCCACAAACGAAACCAGGUCCCGGAGUGGCGCCCAAGAGCCGGUCGAGUCGGCAACCGAGCCCACCGGAGACGUCGAAUUUGUAUCGAUCUCCGCCCCUUGA